AGGGCUCGCUGAUUGGCUGCCGUUCUCUUUGUGUGCGUGCAGCUGGCGUCUGGGCUGCAUUUUGAAUGGUCUCGUGUUGGAAGGCGGAGGUGUCCAUGGGCAGCACAGCAACAAAGGAGCCAGGAUGGUGUUAGUGCACGUCGGAUAUCUGGUUCUUCCCGUCUUCGGUUCGGUCAGAAGUAGAGGAGCACAUUUUAGCAGGCACCAGCAUAGUCAUGCUACCUCCUGCCGGCAUUUUCACCUGGCUGCUACGGCAACGUCGCUGCCUGCUGAGUUCCCGCCCCCUCCCCUCGCCCCGCCUCAGUACCAGGAAAUCCCGCCCCCUUUCUUACCUCAGGCCUUACAGCAGCAAUACCUCAUCCAGCAACAGCUACUGCAGCGCAGACGCACACAGGAGCGAGUCCCACUGAACACGCAUCGGUUACGUCCAGGAUAUGAAUAUGCUCCGCCCCUCCAUGUCCCUCAGCCAAUCCCACAGCAGCCCAGAUACCUGGCAGAAGGCACUGAUUGGGACCUAAGCGUGGACGCAGGAGUGCCAUAUCAGUAUCCUCUGCAGCAGAUCCCUCAACCCUACCAGCAUUACCUGGCCUCUCCCAGAAUGCACCACCUCCCCAGGAACACCUCCUCCACCCAAGUGGUUGUCCAUGAGAUAAGGAAUUAUCCGUAUCCACAGCUCCAUCUGCUGGCGCUGCAGAGCUUGAGUCCCAGCAGACACUCGUCUGCUGUUCGAGAGAGUUAUGAGGAGCUGCUACAGCUGGAGGAUCGACUGGGAAGCGUCAGCCGAGGGGCCAUACAGACCACCAUAGAGAGAUUCACCUUCCCCCACAAAUACAAGAAGCGGAAGCUGCUGGAUCUGAAGUUAUGUGAGGAAGAGUCGGAUAUGGAUGAGAAAUGCACCAUUUGCCUCUCCAUGCUGGAGGAUGGAGAAGAUGUCAGGCGUUUACCCUGUAUGCAUUUGUUCCAUCAGGCGUGUGUGGAUCAGUGGCUGGCCACCAGUAGGAAGUGUCCCAUCUGCAGAGUGGACAUCCAAACACAGCUCACCCCCGAGAGCUGAAACACACCCGGCAAAAUAACACGCAUUAACAAAUAACACACACACACACACACAUGCUCUAUUUCACUCUUAUACAUCCACAGACAUUUCCAUCCACACACACACACACACACACACACACACACACA